UGGAGACAGCCAUUCGUCAUUCUUUGAAUUCGCAUUAUUUUUUUGCCAUUCACCUCGCUAUUCCAAAGUUUUUUACGUCAACAAGGGCCUCGAGUUAUUCAUAAUUACCGCAUAAAGAGCUACACAUCAGACCCCUCAACAAUCAAAACAAAGGAGAUACGAGUGACAAUCCAAAAUGCCGAGGCGCAAGAAUCACCAGACAAAAGUGGCAAUUGGGGAGGAUACGAGGAUAGCUGUUAAUUUGACUGUGAAAAAAUUGCUGGACUGUCCUGAGCAGAAGGAGCUGGAGUUUCCCUCGUCCUAUACAGCUGAAGAGAGGGCUUAUAUUCAUCAAUUGGCAGCUCAGCUUGGAUUGAAGUCCAAAAGUCGAGGAAAAGGAGCUAAUAGAUUCCUCACAGUGUACAAACGCGAGGGUUCUACAAUAAUCCAAUCAGACGCGUCAAUAAAACUGAACAAGCUUUCUAAACAAACAAUGCUCAAUCUAAUCCAGAAAUUCCCCUUGAACAACAAAGAGAGACAGGAUCUACUCCCUCCAACCGAGCGAGAGCGCACGAUGGACAACGAGGUGACAACAAACACAAAAGCCAUGGGCAGACUGAAUGGUACAAUAGCUCAGGUGCCUCAGCUGCGAACGAAUCAGGACCUCGUGCAGCUGCGAAGGAGCUUGACAGUCUUCAACGCUCGUGAGAAGAUCCUGGAGGCCCUCUCCUCAAGUCAAGUGGUGAUAAUAGCUGGUGAGACCGGCUCAGGAAAGACCACGCAAGUCCCCCAGUACAUCCUCGAGCAUUGCCAGCAGAAAAACCAGGCCUGCAGGAUAAUCUGCACCCAGCCAAGACGACUCUCAGCUGUUUCAGUUGCUGAAAGAGUUGCUUUUGAACGUGACGAGAAGAUUGGACAGACUUACGGGUAUCAGAUAAGACUGGAGAGUCGAGUGGCGCCCAAGACCCUGUUGACAUACUGCACAAACGGAGUUCUCUUGAGAACACUGAUGGGAGGUGACGCAGCGCUGGGGACAAUCACUCACAUAAUAGUCGACGAGGUCCACGAACGCGAUCGCUUCUGUGAUUUUCUCCUGAUCGCCCUCAAGGAAGCUCUGGUCAAGUUCAGAUCACUGAAGCUCAUCCUGAUGAGUGCAACCAUGGACACUAACAUCUUCGUCAAGUACUUCACCCAGUGCAGCGUAAUAAACGUCCCAGGAAGGUCCUACGACGUUGACGUAUACUUCCUCGAAGACGUCCUCAAGAUCACUGGGUACACAACCGACAGAAUGCAUGAGAAGCGAAAAGAGUUGAUAAAUAAAAAAGAACAGAGAAAAGUCCUGGACUCCUGGACGCAGUACACCCCUCAGCAGACGGGGCGAGCUCCAGUGAAUGGCAAGCCCCCAGUGCCAUCGCCAAUCCUGGGACAACAGACUGAACCCCAGCCCGAGAGAGUCGAGCUGGAGCCCUGGCUGAGGGAGGAAAUGGACAAGAGUAUUUCAGAUGCCUGGUUGAUCGGUGGAGAAGACAAUUUCGCUCAGCUGCUGCACUUGAUUCUCUCCGAGAACAUUUCCGUCGACUACCAGCACAGCAGCACCCUGGUGACACCUCUCAUGGUGGCAGCUGGCCGAGGCUGCCUCAACACGACUGAGCAACUCCUCAAUCUGGGGGCCAAUCUGAAUAUCCGAGCAAGUAACGAGUGGACAGCCCUCGACUGGGCGAAGAAGAUGAACCAGAUUGAGUGUGCUGAGCUAAUCGAAGCCUACCUCAAAACUUACGACUGUAAACUCGAGGAUUCCGGGGUUCAAAAUAUCGACACACCCCUCUCAGAAGAAGACAAAUUCCUCCUCGACAUUUAUCACAAUACUUUCAACGACGACAACAUCAACUAUGACCUUCUAUUCAUCUUGAUCCAGUACAUCCACACGAAACAGCCCCCAGGAUCGAUCCUGGUCUUCCUCCCAGGGUACGACGACAUCGUCAUGAUGAGGGACAGGAUAAACUCUGAGGAGAAGCGGAUGAACCAGCCAAUGAUCUACGACUUAUUCGUCCUCCAUUCGAACAUGCAGACAGCCGAUCAGAAACGAGUAUUCCGGCCCAGUCUCCCCGGCUACAGGAAGAUCAUUCUGUCGACGAAUAUCGCUGAGACAAGCAUAACAAUAGACGACGUUGUCUACGUGAUAGACUCUGGAAAAGUGAAGGAGAAGUCAUUCGAUGCGAUCUCGGGGGUCUGCACCCUGAGGUCCAAUUGGAUCUCCCAGGCGUGUGCUAAACAACGAAAGGGUAGAGCUGGUAGAUGCCAAAAGGGCAUUUGCUACAGGCUAUUCUCCUCGAUUCGUUACAACAGCAUGCAGGCGUACUCGACACCAGAAAUCCUGAGACUACCCCUCCAAGAGUUGUGUCUGUUCACCAAGCACUUGGCCCCAGGGAACACGCCGAUUGCCGAGUACCUUGACAGGGCCCUCGAGCCCCCAUCCAACAUAGUAACGAGGAAUGCUGUGCAGUUGUUGAAAUCUAUUGACGCCCUCGAUGCCUGGGAGGACCUGACAGAACUUGGCACUCAUCUCCUAGACCUUCCAGUGGAGCCCAGACUUGGGAAAAUGUUGCUUUACGCUGUCGUCCUCAAGUGUUUGGAUCCAAUCCUGACGAUUGUCUGCAGUCUUGCUUAUAAGGAUCCAUUUCUGCUGCCGUCACAGCCCUCUCAGAAGCGCGCAGCGACAGCAGCGAGGAAGACCUUUGCGUCAGGCUCUUACUCAGAUCACAUGGCAGUGCUGAGGGCUUUCCAAUUGUGGCAGCAGGCGAGGGCCUCUGGGUGGGAGAGGAAGUUCUGUGAGAAGAAUUUUAUAUCAUCAGCUGUGAUGGAGAUGAUCACGGGGAUGAGAUCUCAGUUGCUGGGGCAGCUCAGGGCCUCGGGAUUCGUGAGGGCCAGGGGCACUGGGGAUAUCAAGGAUCUCAAUUGGAACUCGGAGAACUGGGCUGUCGUCAAGGCUGCGCUCACUGCUGGCCUCUAUCCCAAUUUGAUCAGGGUGGACAGGGAGCAUGGACAGCUGAGGACUCAGAAGGAGUCCAAGGUCUUCUUUCAUCCGUCCUCGACGUUGAAAGAGUUCUCAAAGUCCACUAGGACCACCUCAGCGCAGUCACACUCGGCCAGUGUUCACACACUGCCCUCUGAUUGGCUGAUUUACGAGGAGAUGAGCAGAGCUGGACGGUUCUGUCACGUUAAGACUGUAACUCUAGUCAAUCCUAUUACUGUUGCUUUACUCAGUGGACCUGCUAGGCUGGCAAUGGAUACCAUUUAUGAGACGGAGUCUGUUCCGGAGAGUGAGUCGGAUUCUGAGGCUGAGGAGACGCGCGAGGGCAUGACUAUUCUUAAAUUGGAUGACUGGGUUGUCUUCAAGCUGGACUUUGAGGCAGCCAGGCUGAUUUUACAUUUGAGGCAGAAGUGGAAUGCACUUUUCUUGAGGAGAAUGAAGAAUCCUACGAGGAGCAUGACAGCACUGGACGAUCAGGUAGUCAAGGCCAUGGUUUCUAUCAUCAGUAAUGAGGAGCAGGCUUGUGAGCUACCGCAGCCUUCCGGCAUUGGACAGAGGCCUAGACCACUCAUUGUUGAUUAUUAUCCCGCCAAUGCGAGGAGGAAUGACGAUGAGGACAGAACUUACUAGGAAAUUUUUAAUUCGAUGCGAGACUUUUUCUACUGAACAGCUUAUUUGUCAUCUUGAGGGUUUUGGGGCUGUGGGGUGUUAUCAGUAUUCUAUUUUCCGGGGGUUGGCUCCAGGGCCUCGAGGAAUGGAAUUGUAAAUUUUUAGUGUUAUGGGUUUCGAGACAGUUGGGGUUUUGCAAGAUUUUUUUUUCUGAAAGUGAUAAUUGAUGUGAAAAUAUGACGCGUUUUUUUUGUUUUGAUAAUAGACGAUUGGUCUGGUAUGUCUGCAGUGGGGACUGGGAAUAUGUGUCGAAUAUUUUUUAUUCAAUUUUUAGACGUCAUUGUUUUAUCCAGGAGAAAAAUUUAUGCAAAACAAAAUUGUCGAGAGUAUUCUUUCUGUUACUCAUUUUGAUUUGAUGGGUAAAGUAGCUGUAAGCUAAAUGCAAUGAAUAGGCUGUGCAAAGUAGAAUUACGAGGGGAAGUCUCUUCAGUCCGUUAGCUAUUGAAAUUAAUAUUUUGUUAUUGGAGGAUUGGGGGAGUUCAUGGCAUGCGGUAUUCAUGAAUCAUUACAUUGCAAUUACUUCGUUCAUAUUCGGUUCAUCGAUAUUUUUCCUCUGAAUGAGAAUCCCAAUCUCUGAUGACUGUAAGUCACCGUCAAUUCUUCGAGACAGCAUCUACUGUUACGAAUAUUUGAGAAAUAAUAAAUAUAUCUCAGUUAUUCCCGCGAAUCUUCUCGAUGGUUUUUUUCAUAUUUUUUUUUAUGAUAACGAGCAAAUGUUUCGUUUCAUUUCGUACAAUACUCAAUUGUUUGAUAGAGGGUAUAAAAUACCGCUCUCAUUCAAUGUAUUAUAAUUCAUUCAUAUUCUCCAUGUUCUUUAAAUAAUAUUUCAUGAGUGUAAAUUGUACUACAAUAAAAGAAAAUUGAAUGAAAAAUUUAA